AUCGCACAUUUAGACGCCACUUCUUCUAGCUACCAUUGGAAGGAUUUAUAUUGAUACUUCAUACAUGCUAUGAGGUUCAAAAGUGGCGUUUAUCAUUAUCGGGGUUAAAUCGGAUGUACUGGUUGUGCCACAGGCAUAAGAAGAACAUUUGUGGAUUCAUUCAGGGCGUUGUUAGCGCCUAAAUGUGCUAGAUGGUGAAUAUCAUAUAGGUCACCGAUGAAAUGCACUUCCAGUGUAAUAUAUGGUGGUAAGGUUGAUGGCUCGACAACUAUGGCAGGAUACCAACUGUAUUGAUAAGUAAUUGUCAUCUUAUGUUAAUCUAAUCAUGUCACUGAUAUCUGAGUUGGUUGUCUACAUGUGAGAAGUUAAAAAUGGGUUUUAUUUGGAACAUUUUCGGUAAUGUUGCAUCAAAUGUUGCAUCAACCGCCAUAGAGGUGGCGUCAAAGAUUGCUCCGACUACAACAGAAACUAUAAUUUCUGGAAUUUCAGGCCCAGUUAUAGAGGAUAUAUUGAAAGAUUUAAGCGAGGAUGUUAUUACUGGUAUAUUACAGUCCCCAACUCUUGUUGCACUUUACAAGGAAAAUCUACCCAGGAUCAUCGGUACAGUAUGGUAUCGCUAUAUAGUGCCUAUGCUUUUGGUUAUGGUUUUUUGUGUUAUAGUUCUAUAUUGCUUAUACUCUUACAGGAUAGUUGCUUUUUUCGUAAAGUUGACCUACCCAUUCCUAAGGCACACCUACAAAGCCAUGUACAGAUUUGUAGCAUCCGCUGUUAAACAACCAGAAAGUCCUUAUUAUGGUCUGCCGGGGUAUACAAUAGAAGGUAUACCUUCGUAUCUCCGAGGCACGGGCAAGAUGUAUCCUGCUGGUGCAUUGGGUAACCCAUUAAAGUGAUCUACCGUAUGUAUUUAUCAUUUUCAAAGCGAAAUAUAGACAAAGUUCUAUAUCACAAUCUGAAUGGUCGGCGAAAAGCAUGCGCCGCUCAAGAAUCAGAACACCAACUAUAAGAGGGCAAGAAAACGAGGACAUACCGUUAGUUGCCCAAUUCUCAUCAUCCCCUAUUGUCCUAUCGGAAUUAUUAACAAUGUGGACUUAGGUCGGAUAUGAAUCAUGAACAUGAUUGUUGCGUAUCCGCAUCGACAAAGCUUUGAUGCUGGGCAACAUUAUGAUGGUGAAAUAUGCCAUUGAACUGU